CACAUCUCCUCUCAGUUGGCCUCAAAUAAUAACACUCACACUCACAGCUGCACUGCCAGAGCCAGCUGCUGCACAGAGCUGUAGAAGCAGGUGAUUGGCCUUAUUUGGAGCUAGCCUGGGUCAUGUGACCACAAAAUGGUGGAAGCUGUUAGCUUUUUCUAAGCUGAGCAUCUCUACCAAGAGCCUGGGAGGAAGAGAGAAAAAGUGUGAGAUACAGCUGAAAUACAUCCAUGCUCUAAGACAGAGAAGGACAGAGAUUCCUGUGCCCCAGUAGUGGGAUGGACCUGGCGUCUCACAGUAAGGCGACCUCAGAGGGGGCCGAGGGCAGACCAGCCCCUCCCAAUUCGCUGCCCCUGCAGGGUGCUCCAGGUGGCCCGUCCCAGAGGAAGAAGCUCUCCGCCCCAUGUAUCAGCCUCUCAUUGGACCAGAGUGAGGACGACGCCCUAGAGACGCCCGACGACCUUGACAUUAACGUGGACGACCUGGACACGCCCGAUGACGCAGACUAUCUGGACUACACCGACAAUGAGCUGGACUGGGAGGAACCCCCAACAGGGGAGAAGGAGCCGUGCGAGCCGAUUCCCACAUGUAGCACGGAGGAGGAGCGUCAGGAUGGGAAGCUGUGUAGGGCAGUGGUCAUCGGAGAGCAGGAACACCGCAUUAACAUGAAGAUCAUUGAGCCCUACCAGAGAGUUAUCUCCCAUGGAGGGUACUAUGGAAAUGGAGUGAACGCCAUCAUAGUGUUUGCGGCGUGUUUCCUCCCUGACAGCGACAGUGAGGACUACCAUGAAAUCAUGGAGCAUCUCUUCCUAUAUGUGAUCAGCACGUUGGAGCUGAUGGUGGCGGAAGACUAUAUGAUCAUCUACUUGAACGGAGCCACGCCCCACAGGAGGAUGCCUGGACUGGGCUGGCUCAAGAAGUGUUACCAGAUGAUUGACAGGAGGCUUAGGAAGAAUUUGAAAUCCUUCAUCAUCGUCCACCCGUCCUGGUUUAUACGGACCAUACUAGCCCUCACUCGGCCCUUCAUCAGCACCAAGUUCAGCAAUAAGAUCAAGUAUGUGAACAGCCUGGCUGAGCUGCAGGAACUCAUCCCCAUGGAACACGUCCACAUCCCAGAGUGCAUCAUUAGUCUUGACGAGGAGCUGAAGGAAGCGGCGGUGAGCUCAACAGUGAGCAGUUUCCUCCAGGGACCCGAGCCGACGCCGGGGAGACUUGAAGCCGAUAAAACCAACGCGAACAACUCCUAGACAAAGUGGCAUUCAACGGUGGAACGGUGGAAAUGAAUGCUUGUCUCGAAAUGGAAUGUCACGUUGUUUGAAAACUCAUGAUUGUCUUGUAUGCUGGAUGCAGUAAAAACAGAUGUACUGUAAGGCAUAUCCCUGUGUGUUUGUGCGACGUGGAGUCGACUAUGAAGACACGCCAUAUUCCCUGUUAGCACUCAGACGUAGAUCCUAUGAAGACCACUGUUAAAAUCCAUCUACAACACCUCUGACAGACCAGAGAUGAGCAUGUGGGGUUUCUUAAUGCUGGUCUUUGGGACCCACAGGUUGCACUGUUUUGUUUCUUCCCAGCACUAACGUACCUGGUAGCACACCAUGGUCUUUAUGAUGAGUUGAAUAAAUCAGGUGUGUUAGUGCUGGGUUGGAACAAAAAUGUGCACUCAUGCAGGUUGCCCAGGACCAGUAUUAAUAAUCCCCACGAUGAGACUACUGGGAUACUUGACAGUAAAUCCACAUUACCAUGAUCAAAUCAAAUUAAAUUUAUUUAUAUAGCCCUUCGUACAUCAGCUGAAAUCUCAAAGUGCUGUACAGAAACCCAGCCUAAAACCCCAAACAGCAAGCAAUGCAGGUGUAGAAGCACGGUAGUUUGUGAAGGACAUAAAUAUGAUGUGGUCACUCACAGUGCAGUACACACGUCCAUUCAAAGUUUUAAUGUUGUACUUUGGUAAUCAUGCAUGAGAAGCGGUGAAGCACUAAUAUUGUCCAUCUUGGAUUUAGACGAGUCAUUAUGUCACAUCAAUGACGGUACGUCAAAAUCAAUCUCACAUAUCUAUGACAUGCUAAAAAUCUAGUCCCCUUAGGAAACGACCAAGUAACGCGUCUCAUCAAUCUGAAAAUCAUUUGGAUCUUGAUGAGAGUGUUGGACAGAUAAAUCCCUAGAUGUUUUCACUUUGAAUCAAUCUGACGAACAGAGUAACAAGAGUAACCAUGGAAAUAUAAUGAAUUAUAUUUGUGUGUAACUAAGUGAAUGUGUGAAAACAAGCUAUCAUUACAUUGUGAGAGCAUGUCUUUUCAGAUGACUGGUCCUGUGAGAGUCGAGCGUGAUGUGUGUGUGUGUGUGUGUGUGUGUGUGUGUGCGUGUGUGCGUGUGUCCUGUCAGUGUGUUUCCGUCAGACAUCCUACAUGUUCACCAUCUAGGGCUCUUGUCUCUGCACCAAACAGGAUAUGACCUCAAGAGGAGGACAGAGAGAGAGAAGCGGGGGUCUCUGUGUAAAGCACAAUAUCGCGUACUGUGUGUGUUAGUGUGUGUGCGUGUUUCAAUGCAUGCUUCCUCAGAUGCUCGGUGGCUCUUUGACCCAGGGCUCUUCUACAUUGUGUGUAAAAUGUGUUAUAUGAUGGAACACUAUAUCAAUAAAUACAACUUUUACUCCGAG